AUGGCGGCAGAUGCACUCACCAGGGGGCAGAAAACACCGCGUGGGGACUGCUGGGCCGGCCUUGCGAGCAACGGCGACGACCACCACCACCGCAACGCAGACGCUACAGCCGAGGCACAACAGUCUUUGACGCCGCAAGCUCUGCACGCACGCGCCGCUGCCGCCUCCACCUCUGGUGCCACCAACGCGGAGGGCACGACGCACAACAUCACGCUUCGCAUCUGCACCCUCUCCGGCUUCACGUUGCGUGUUGUGGUGGACCGGCGGUUGCCCGUUUCGCAGCUGGCCGACCGCGUCGCGCAGUACAUCCACGUCCACCGCGCGCACGUCCAGCUGAAGUACACGAAAACGGGCGCCGUGUUCGAUGCAGUGAGUGCGGUGGCGCCGGAGGAGGCGGCGAAGGCGGUGAACACGACGCGCAGUCCAUCUUCGGCGACGACGACGUCGCUGCGGCUGUGCGACCUACCAAACCUCGCCGAUGCAGACGUGUUUCUCGUGCUGCUUCGUCCGCAAGCCACCACCUCCGCAGACCCGUCUCUGCUGUCCUCCUCCUUCCUCCCACCUUCACGGGGGUUCGAUCAGCGCUCUCCCGCUGCUUCCCGGCAGGUGGCGAAGCGUCAGCGGACGAGCGGCGGCGGCAGCGGCCACAGCACGGCAACGCGGAAGUCAGGUGCUGCUCCUGCAGCUUCUGCACCGUCGUCGUUGUCUGCGUCGUCUCCGCCACACCGCACGUCCUUCCCGUCUCCGCUCUCCCCUCGCCGUCCCUCGGCCUCUGCCGCUCGACGUAGCAGCAUCGCCGACAACAACGACGGGAGCGUCGAGGUGGAUCGUAGUGGCGGUGGUGCGGGGGGGUUGACGGCGACGGUGCAAAGUGGAGGGCGAGAGUUCAUGCGGGGCUCGUAUGGGUUUCCGCCUCUCAUGGGCGCUUCAACUGCUUCAUCGGCACGAGCUUCAUCACCGCCGCCACCGCCACCGCCACCGCUGCGAUAA